AAGAGGGUCAAGCCUUCAUCCAUCAUCCGUGUCUGUUUUUGCUCUGGGGGCCGUAGUGUACGCGUUCAUUACUUUUUCUCCAUUAUUUUAGCUUGGUAUCAACCGCAAACCUGCUAGUUUUACCUUCACCAUUGAUAUCGAGCUCAUCUUGCGCCGGAGGAAUUGUUGCAUGUUGCGUGAAAAAGCAGCUAGUGGUGUGUGAAGUGCGCGGUUUGUUGUGCUCCGAUGGGAGGCCUAGAUGUAACGGGAUGUUGUAGGCUUUGUUUGAAGGAUGCUUCCAGUGCUACCGCGGUCCGAAUCGAUCUGCAGCAGGAGCAGAUCGUUGCGGACCUAAUUUAUGAGCUAUACGCAGUCAAUAUUAAAUCCUCCGAUCGGGGAUCGAAGUUCAUUUGUAUGCCGUGCUACCGGAAUGCCAGCGGUUUGAAAAAGUAUCUCGAUAGUCAUAAGACAAAGACAUCACUUGUAUCGACGAACCAAAAAAUCCUGGAAUCGCAGGCCGAUGGCUUCCUGGAGGACUCGGAUGACGAUGUUGUCUACUGUGAAUCGCGGACCGGUUAUCGUCCACCGAUUUCAUCUCCGGUGGAUAUGCUAUUGAAUCUGAAAGACUGCAUGCGGAGUAAACGCUUUCGGGAAGCAUUGAACGACCAGCACGAAUUGGGUUACGUUCUGUUGUCGGGGCCGAUCUAUCAGAAGGCUACCGAGACCGUGCUGGACGAGUGGCAUCCGAUUCAGUUGUACUGCCAAAAAUGCCGGCGAAAAUUCGAAGAUCAGAUCAAGUUUGACGAUCACACAAUCUCAUGUAAGUUCAAAUGUAUUUUCUGUAGCCGAAAUUAUACGCACGAGGAAUCCCUUCGAUUACAUUCAUGCCCUAAACGGGACAAGCAUAUUAAAUCGAAGAAGCGCAAAUUUAAACCGACACUUCCGGCUACUAAAAUUACACCGCCUACUGCGGAGGAGCAAAAGACUGCUGCAGUUGAAAGUACAGAACAGGGCAAAGAUAACGCAACUGUACUGCCGAUUCCGGGUUCUUUACCUGCUCCCAGUGAGGCCCCUCGUAUCGAAGGAGAGGCAAGUUUGGACGCAGAAUUGACGAAUCUACUGGAGAGGUGGUAUGGUCAAGGAGAGGAAAUCGAAGAACUCAGUCAUCUUAGCGUAGGAGAGAUUGAUGCGCCACAGGACAAUGGUACUUUCAUCAACUCUGAAUUAUAUAGUAGGAUCAUCGAGAGCAGAUUGCUGAACAAUUCGUCUGGGUCAAAACCCGCUAUUUCGGUUAAGCCCAUGAGCCAGUUGGUUGAAACACCUGUAGAACAGAUGCUGCCUUCUACGGUGCCAGAAAUGGCGUCCACUUAUAAUCCUCCAGUAGAUGUGAUAGAAAUCGAUGACGACGAUGACGUGGUUCCCUCUACUAGUGCUCCAGUGGCGGAUAAAGCUGAGCAAGCGCUGAGCGAAAAAGAUAUCCUGAGCAUUGUCAAACAUUUCCGAGGUAUUGAUGAAAACGAAUCAUAUCUUGUCAAAGCAAAGAUCAAUGGAACUCAAAAAUUGAUUUGCAUCAGUAAACGAAAGAAUGAUGGUGGUAUUCAAAGUUCUAUAGUGAACACGGGUUCCAAUAGUAAUUCAGCUCUUCAGACAGGCAGCAGAAAACUUCCGCAGAAGCAAAUUGUGAUAACACCCACAGCUAAGCUACCGUCAAUCGUACACAGAGCCAAUACAGUGGUGCAACCGGCUUCUACGAAACCUACGUUGAUUGUGAAGAACGUUUCCGAUAUUAACGGGGCUCCCAUUCCAUCAGUGGCCACCAGUUCAAGAGGUCCUCAAUUGAAAAUUUCACACGUGCAGUCUUUAGUUUCGGAUCCUGGGUUGACUCAAAACUCUAGAUUGACAAAUCAGCAAAGGAUACUGAAUGGACUUCCUCAGCGCAUCGCACCAGGUACACCUGCGACGGCUACUAGAAAAGUACCGACUGCAUCAUUCACCGUAAGGUCUGCUGUGCCAAAACAGUCGGCUGGCGUUGUCAACAAACCCGCUCCGCAAAGAAUUAUAGUCGGUAGUAAUUCGUUGAAGUUUACCGGUGGCAGUGGCUCUUCACGUUUUCUGCCCAUUGCUCCGAAGCCAAACGUAGGGCCAAGUCCGCCAAGGACUUCAGCUCAGCAGCGGAUAAUCGUACAGCGGAAACAAGUUCAAACGAUUAUUCAAUCAUCGACGGUGACUCGCACGAGUAGCGAAGGUAGUAUUCAAUCUACUACGAGCAGUAGUUGCACUACCGAUAUUAACAAUUCCCUAUUGAGAUCACAACUGCUUCAGCAACCACAGAAAAUAUAUCCGACCGCAAGUGGGGCUGCUCAGAAUGGAAAUCGAUCCGCUGCGUCCAAAGCAUUAGAUGGACUUUCCGGCACAACUAAACAGUUCAUGGUAAACAACACGACCAUAAAACGGUUGAAUUAAUCUCACACUAGCCAACUCCUACUCCUAGCAAUGCAGAAGCAGAACUAGGGAACAGGUAUUUAUACUGGUAACAAAUUAUAACAUUCUUCAGUACACAAUGGAAUUGGAAUUGUGCGAUACAUUGAACGUGUAGGUUAUUUCGGUAUAAUA